UUGUCCGGGCCUGGGACAGAGAUAGCACAAAUGAACUGGAAGAUGGAGAUGGAUGUUAAGGGAGUUUCUCCGUGCCCGGAGCCCAUCCCCCCGGCGGCGGGGUCUGGCGCCUGCCCGCACCAGCGCCCGCACCACCGCGAUGGGCAGCCCGCGGAGCCUGCCCCCGCCGCCGCCGACGGCGGCCACCCGGAGCGGCGGCACGGCAGCGAGAAAGAGGACAAAAAGAGAUCUACAGCCAACAAGACUUCAGGUGCUCCUUCCUAUAGCAGAUGGUCCAGUUCACAGCCACAUCAGUCCAGCUCCACAGUGAGAACGUACCAAAACAGUAAAUCGCGAGUGACCAUGAGCCCUGGCUUUAGCUCCCAGUGGAAUAGCAGCCCGCCGGCCUGGAGCACGUACACCUUUCCCAGAGCGAGCUUGCACUACCAGUCCCACGCCAGCUACACCUACUGUGCUGGACACCCUGCUCAGUCCUAUGCACCAGCUCCCCACCCCAUGGCUCCUCCCAGCCCCAGCACAAACAGCAGCAACAACAGCAGCAACAACAGCAGCGGCGAGCAGUUGAGUAAAACCAACCUGUACAUUCGAGGCCUUCCACCCGGCACCACUGACCAGGACCUCAUCAAGCUGUGCCAGCCGUAUGGGAAAAUUGUAUCUACAAAGGCAAUUCUUGACAAAAACACAAAUCAGUGCAAAGGUUACGGUUUUGUAGAUUUUGACAGUCCGGCAGCAGCACAGAAAGCAGUAGCAUCUCUCAAAGCAAAUGGCGUGCAGGCCCAGAUGGCAAAGCAACAAGAGCAAGAUCCCACAAAUCUAUACAUCUCAAAUUUACCCGUUUCCAUGGAUGAACAGGAACUGGAGAAUAUGCUGAAACCCUUUGGACAUGUCAUUUCCACCAGAAUAUUAAGAGAUGCUAAUGGAGUCAGCAGAGGAGUCGGCUUUGCCAGAAUGGAGUCUACAGAAAAAUGUGAAGUAGUAAUUCAACAUUUUAAUGGAAAAUACCUGAAAACCCCACCUGGUCUACCAGCGCCCACUGAGCCUUUGCUGUGCAAAUUUGCUGAUGGAGGGCAAAAGAAGCGUCAGAAUCAAAGCAAAUACACACAGAAUGGAAGGCCGUGGCCCAGAGAAGGAGAGGCUGGCAUGGCUUUGACUUAUGAUCCAACAGCUGCUAUACAGAAUGGAUUUUAUUCCUCACCGUACAGUAUUGCAACAAACCGCAUGAUUCCACAGACAUCAAUCACACCAUUCAUUGCUGCUUCCCCUGUCUCUACAUAUCAGGUCCAGAGUACUUCAUGGAUGCCUCAUCCGCCAUAUGUUAUGCAACCAACAGGUGCUGUGAUAACACCAACAAUGGACCACACCAUGUCAAUGCAGCCAGCAAGCAUGAUGGGCCCUCUGACCCAACAGAUGAACCACCUUUCCUUGGGCACAACAGGAACGUACAUGACUGCUGCUGCACCUAUGCAAGGGACCUACAUUCCCCAGUACACUCCUGUGCCUCCAACAGCUGUCCCUAUUGAAGGUGUUGUUGCUGAUACUUCUCCACAGACAGUAGCAUCUUCAUCACAGGAAGCCAGUGGUCAACAGCAACAGAUGACAGUGGAAACAUCCAGUGAACAUGCGCCUGCAUAUUCUUACCAACAGUCUAAACAAUAAACAGGACUGAAGAAUGUCGGUCUGAAAUCUUUGCCUUGAAUGGAGAAACUUCACUGAACAAGAAGUUGGCUUCCAGUUUGCACAGGCGUCAAAUGAAUGCUUUUUUUUUCUACCUUUCCCAACGAAAACAAAACAGUGUUUUUAUGUGCUGUGCAAAUGGUUCCGUCAUGUAGUCUGACAGUUUUAUUUUUGCUAUAAUUUUUUUUUUUAACUAAAGGAAAAACCCAGAGGAAAAAUGCUGGGUUGACAUUUCAUCUGGACGAACAUUUGAAUUCAGAAUUUAUCUGGAGGUGUAGCUAGAUUUUUUUUUUUUUUUUAACAGAAAAACUGAUGAUGUCAAGAGGGAGCAAGUUGAGAUGAAAACCAAUUGUCUUCCUCAAAAAUUAAGCUACUCUUUUUCUCUCAUUUUAUUUUUCUUGUUUUAAAUCUAGAUUGGGUUUUUUGGUUCUUUGGGUUUUUGUUCUUUUUUUUAAGAAAUGUUUAGGUAAGGUUUAUCUUGAAUCUUAAUUGCCUUAAUUUUAAGGACGUCAAAAGCUCUCAAGGCAAGCUGUCAACGUCUUGUUAGAAAACCCGAGAAUGAAUUGAAACUGCUCACACCGGUGCUGGUGCAGAAGUUUAAUAGACUGAGUUUUUGGGGUGAACAAAAAAUAAACUGUACAGUUUAAAAGAAAAUGAUUUUCUUCUUUUGAAGAAAAGUUGAUGAUAAAGGAACUGUGGCAACUGAAAGGAUUGGAAAAAUGCUGGGACUUUUAUGAACUUUGUCUUAAGUGUUGACAGAAAAAAUUCUAGAAGGCUAAAGCAUUUUACAGUAAAGUUAUUGAAUUGAGAAAAAAACUUGCUGCAUUAUAGAGAAUGCAGGGGUUUUUUUCUUGCAGAAUGCAGAUUUUUUUAUUUACAAAGCGUGAUCGCUAGCAAAAGCAUUAGUGCUUUUUAUCUGCAGUCUUUUUUAUGAGCUUUAAGAAGUUUUUAGUCUGCUUUGCUUGUCACAUUGCAAAAACCUAGCUUAAGAGCAUUAAAAAAAACUUAAGUAGAUAGGAGCUUAUGGUCAAAAAAGUGCAAAAAAAGCAAUAGAUAGAAGAAAUUGUUGACAAUUUCUGUAGUCUUUCCUAGUUGUGAACAAAUGCAGCCUAUGGAUGGCCUAUUUUAUACCAAAGAUGAAGUGACACCCUAACGCAGUCCAGAAGAUAGAGGUUUUUUUCUUUUUCGUUUUUUCUUUCUUUUUUUUUUUUUUUUUUUUUUUAAUCUUUAUUUGACCUACAUGGCCGGACCAGUUCUUACUUUCUUGUUUGUUUAAACUAUCUUCCACUGGUGUUUUACAUACUGCAUAUGUUUAUAGUGGAAAUUUCAGAAUAGUUGGUACUAGAAUCUUGUUGAUGGUGUGCUUUGGAGAACAUCACAAAGCAAAGGGGAGUGGGUUACCAACUAACCUAUCCAGGUGGGCUUUAAUUUUGAUGAGUUUUUCUGUUAAAUUGCCUGAUCUUUGGUAUUUCUACUGAAACAACAGUCUUCCUUCUGAAUUCCAACAUACCGCAGAUUCAUUUCUUCACCUCAGUCUUUGUCAUCGUCCAGCAUGCAUAGCCACCUUAAUUCUGCAUUGGUUUUUCAGUGACGCAUUUGAAUUGCCAGUUAGAUGCAACAGAAAGCAACCUUGAUCUUUGUUCUCAUUUUAGCUCUCCCACACAAACAGAAAUGUUGAAAAUGACAUGAUAGUAUUUUCAUGCAGGUAGGAAGUUAAAAGUUAUUCUUCUCUGCUGAUUUCUGUUGUCUUAAUAUGUUGGCUGACAAUCACGAAUUAGGCAAAAAGACACUAACUAAAUUGAAUCCACUGAAACCCUUUUUAGGAGUGACAAUUAUUUUCCACAGAGAAAUCCUGAUUAUGAUCCUUAUGAUCCUUACUUUUUCCAAACACACGAAAAAACAGGUGAGAAGCAAGUCGGAAGCAGCAUUUAAACAUAUACAUACAUACAUAUGUAUCUAUAUAUAAAAAAUUAAACCAAACACCUUUAAACUUUCCUCCAUCCAGAAGAGAGAGGAAGCUUCAUCACAUUUAUUGUGGUGCAUUAGAGACAGGGUAUUAAAAAUAAAUAAAUUAAAACGUAUGUAUAUUGGAUCAAUCUGAUUCAGCCACCCAAUUCUAAAAGAACUCUGUGUUUCCAUAACCUGACUUUUAGGGGGAGAAAAACAAUUAUUUUUUUAAAUUGAUAGAACAGGAUUGUAUUUUUUAACAUGGGGUGGGGGGAGGGGGUUUCCCAAGUAAAUGGCUGCUAGAUAUGCAACAUAUAAAAGAGAGAAAUGGGUGUUCAAGUACAAAUUCACUGUAGGAAUAGGGCCUGAUUUUCAGAAGUGGAAACACUGCUGCUUUUUCCAAAGUAGUUGUCGAUAUCCAUCACUUCUGAAAAACAGAUGAUGCCAAAGUAAAAGAACAACAUCCACAACAAAUUUUUACUUUAGAAAAAAUUUCUUUUUCUUUCUGUUUUACAUGCUGUCUCAUUACUCAUUGCUUUUUGAGAGUGGCACUUAAUUUUGUCCUUGGAUAAAGGUUCCCUCUUUCUUUGGAGGGAAUAUGGGGGAAAAAAUCAAUCUAGCCUUAUUUUCUUCCUUUCAACACACACUCUCUGUGUCUCUCUGAAUUGUUUGUACAAAUGGAGAUACCCCCAGGCACAAUUCACUUAAAUAUGAAAUAAACACAUUUCGUUUCUGUGUUAGUUAUAAUGUGACACAAAAAGUCUCAUUUACUAUCAACAAUGAGGCUACAAGGUAGCUACCAUGUGGCUGAUGAAUAUGCUGAGGUACCUUCUUGUUUCUAUUCAGAACUCUGCUGCUUUAUUUAUACAUUCAGAAACAUUUUUGUUAUUUUUUCAGCAAAUAAAGUUAAACAAUCUCAGUGUUUUUUAUUAAGCCAGACAGGAAACACAAUAUCAUGAUGCCUGUCACUUUAAAGUGUUUCAAGUGCAUUCUGUUAGAAUUGUUCCAUUCUUUUUGCCAUGCUAUGCUGUUUAAUAGUGUUUAAAAGAAACAAAGGAAAGAAGUAGAGGAAGAAGAUGAAGAAGAGGAAAGAAAAUGGAUCCCUUGAAUACAAUUGAUGAUCUUACUGAGUUCAAAAAACAAUGAACUGGUACUUGAAAGUGUAUGAAUUAUAAACAAUACGAGCCUUGAGUGUAAGCAGUCAUAUGUCAUAAGGUAAGAAAAAGCUUAUUUGGAACAUACGAAAUGCUCAGAAGGCAGGAACUUAUCUGUAAAAGUUAAAGUUGAGAAAAAUGAGAACAGUUAAAGUGCAGCACACCUGCUGCACGGGUGCUGUCAUAAGACUUGGUGGCUUCUGAAAUCUGAAACUGGUUUUCUUUAUGUUCUGGUUAGAGAUUUUUUUUUUUUUUUUGAAGUUUUUUAUUAUUUGUUUCUUUUUUUCCUUUUUUGAAGACCUAAAUUUAUAAAGUCAAUAUCUAUGUCUUGCCAAUUUAGCUUUAAAUAUCAGGAGGGUUCCUGAAAGGUUGCAUAAACAACUCUAGAAGUCUUAAGGCAACGGUGCCUGGCCCAGCGGUCUAGAAAUAACAUCAAAUCCAUAAGCUGAACUGCAUAUGUACUUUCCAUCACACCUGAAUUCUUGUAAAUAGUCAAAUCUGGAUGUUCAGGCUUGGUAUUUUUGUUUUUAUCUUAAAGGAUAAAUACAGGAGGGAUGUCAGAAAAAUAAGAAUUAUGGCUAGAAAAUUUUGAAUACCUGGGUUUGUCACUCAACAGCUGAGAAAAAGUGAAUACUGAACUGAAAAAUGGGACUGAAGAGAGAAUAACACAUUGUGCUAGCAGGUGCUGACCAGAGCAUAGAUCAGGGCACUGAAAAAAGUCCUGCUGUUCCCAGUGAGACUGCUGAGGGACUCUCUUCCUAUCUGACUCUACUGCUGGUUUGGUAAGCACUUUUCACCCAUGACAGUCAGGCCUCAAGUUGUGAAUGUCCUCCUAUUGCCUUCCAGUGAAACAGACUCUUGAAAUGUCCCUAGCUUGCGCUUACUUGUACAGUUCUGUUUACCAAGAAACUGCCUUGGUUUUGUUGGUCAAGAAAUCCAGUGUAAUGCAGAAUGAGGCAUAUUUAAGAGCAAAUGCAUCGCAUUGUAUUAUCUUCUGCUGUGGAUGCAUGCCCUACUGUGGAAGAUAAAAGCUGGUGAUUAGGGAAGUGAGGGCUUAAAUUUUCAAUGGGCAAUGGGCUUAAGCAUUCAAAUGGAUUUUUACACAAGUAAAAAUCAAAUGAAGGGUAUUAUUUAUGUAUGUAUGUGUACCAAAACUCAGCAAAUUUGAGGAAGCCUGCAUUGUAAUAAAGUUUAUUUUUAAUAUGUCAUAGUUUUUGGAUCUAUAUUAUGUUGCGUAUGGUACUGAAGGAUGAGACUGAUACUAAGUGUUUAACAAAUUGCCUUGCUUCAUCAUUUUAAGCUUGAUGGUGCUCCUCAUGCCACUUCAUUUUAAUGCUGAGGUUGACAUGAGUGAAACAGGUUUAGGCAGACUCGCUGAACUUUACCUAUAGUAAGAGUCAUGCUAAAGAGUAAUAAUGUGCUUAAAGUAAUGAAUCAAUCCAUUUCUAGUGAUGAGACCAAAUGUGUUAGUUGAAGAUAGUCAUAUUUGAUACAGACAUGGUCAACAUUUCCUUUCAAAACUUUAUUUAACAUGAAAUUGGUCCUGAUAUAAAAGAAGUGCCCUAAGGUAAGGGAUUUUACCAGUCUUUCUAGGCCAUGUGAACCAAGAAAACCAGUCACGGUGUGAUGGAAAUGCAACAGAAAACAACAAAAACAUACUGACAUGUGGUAUAUUAGUCUUUUCUGUUUAAUGACGUUUGUCUCUAAUAAUGAUGAUUCCUUUCAUUUCUAAUAUGCAUACACACAAUCAUGCGCACACACUUUCUCAGAAGGAGGGACAAGUGAGCAGCAGACAUCUCUCCUUCAGUGGAUAGAUUUGUAGAAUCUCAGCAAGCAACGAAGAUAAAGUGUAAGGAGAGUUUUUUUUCCCCUCAAGUAAGCACCAACUAUGUUGCUCCUGUCACUCAAGUGGACAACAAUGCUGUAUGUACCCUAGAGAUUUACUCACCUUUGUGCCUCAAAGCAGGCAGAAGAGACCCUUUCUUGUCCCCUUUAUCAGUAUGUUCUUUGUUAAAAUUAAAUGGAAAACUAUGAGAGAAAAGCUGUCAAAAAAAAUCGCAAUUUUGGUAUUGCUUUCCAUUAUGAGGAAAAAAAUCUUGCUUUUGUUUCAGUUGUUCUGGAUUUAAUUCCCCACCAGUGACAGUUGAGUUCUUUCAACCUUAAUAAAAAUGUGUAACGAAGUGAAGAAUGUCAGCCUAUGACAGGUUCACAGAUCCAUUUUUUCUUGUAGGGCUAAAUCCUGCAAGGUACAAGCACCUUCCAAGAUCUGGAUCUAUUGUCCUUAAGAAAGUAUCUGCUAGACAUUAAUUCUCUGCCUUUAAGUGUCUUUCUCUUGGAUAAUAAUUUUAUGAAUUUGGUGGAAUUUACAGUCAGUUAUAUUUUUAAAAGCCCAAAAAUGCAGCCUAGAGAAGAGAACAUGAUGUUUAUGUAACUAAAGUUUUAUUAAAUAUGCUGUAUUCCAGAGUGGAAGAAAAUUCUGCUAUCUUUUGGAGGUAACACAAUUGUAUGUAAAAUCAGGAACCAUACAGAAUUCAUAUAGGAACUUUUAAUUGUUUUCCUAUUUAAAGGAAAAUGAACAGAUUCUAUCUGUAAGAAAAAUCAAAGCAGCUUUGAAGGUAGACAAACUUCCUAUCAAGAAAAUAUGCAUCACACAAAUGGGACAGAGGUUCUUUAAAGCCCUUACAGAUCUCACUGUAGCCAAAAUGUAGAAUACAGACCUCUGUGAUACAUUAAAUUAUGAAUCUUAUUUAUAUGGGCAUCUGUGUACUGAUGUCUCAGAAUGUCUUUGAAAGAUCUGUACUGCUAUGAUUUUUUUUUUUUUUUUGAUGUUUUCCAUUUGUACCACAAUCCUAAUAGCUGCCAUUUUCCUACUCCUGGGGCUUUCUGUAGAUCAGUGGAUGUUAGGUUUAAACUUCUGUUUUCUUUGAUGAAGCUUUCAAUAAAAAAAUAAAGAAAGAAAA